GCCCUGGCCCUGCCCCCGCCCCUCUGCUUCCCAUCCAGUCCCGCGAACCCGAGAGAGACCCAGGCAUCAUGGGCGUCCCGCCUACAGCCGCGAGCUUGGCGAUUCUCGGCCGUCGGGGACCUGAUAAGGUUUAAUUGCUUUCCUUUCCUUCGGGACCUGUGUGAGAGUACUUGGAGCAGUGACUGCCAUCUGGUGGCAAGCCAGAAUCAUCACUUUGUGUAACCUAAUGGUUACUAAGAUGCCUACUCCUGACUCACAUGGUAUGGACUGACAACAGGGGACCAGGACAGCCUGGAGGGUGGCUGAUGAAGGAGCUUAGUGAAAUAACCCUUCGCUCCACCUGAAUGGGUUGUUCAUCCCAAAUUCUGAGCCAAGAGCCAGUUCUAAAAUGGUGCCUCUGAAGAAAAGAUUUGAGUUGCUCUUGUGUUUUAGUCGAAGAUCUGCUGGUUAACUACCAGCAGGUAACCGAGACUGAAAAAAACGCAUACCAAGAGGGGCAUGUGAUGACAUGGAGUCUGAAAUAAACUGCUCUGAAUUAUGUGACAGUUUUCCUGGCCAGGAGUUGGAUCGGAGACCUCUUCAUGAUCUCUGCAAGACAACAAUUACCUCUUCCCAUCCCAGCAGUAAGACCAUUUCUUCAUUAUCUCCUGUCCUCUUGGGUAUUGUUUGGACUUUUCUCAGCUGUGGACUUCUCCUGAUAGUCUUCUUUCUUGGCUUCACAAUCCGCUGCAGGAAGAACAGGAUUGUAAAGAUGUCCAGUCCCAAUCUGAACAUUGUGACCUUACUGGGCAGUUGUCUGACUUACAGUAGCGCUUACCUCUUUGGGAUUCAAGAUCGAGAUGCUUCAGUGGGAAGCUCAAUGGAAACUCUCAUUCAGGUAAGACUGUCUAUGCUGUGCAUUGGGACCUCCCUUGUGUUUGGACCCAUUCUGGGGAAGAGCUGGCGACUCUACAAGGUGUUUACCCAAAGGGUCCCUGACAAGAGAGUGAUAAUCAAAGACCUGCAGCUCCUGGGGCUGGUGGCAGCCCUGGUUAUAGCUGAUGUGAUCCUACUCAUGACGUGGGUACUGACCGAUCCCAUCCAUUGCCUCCAGAUUCUCAGUGUCAGUAUGACGGUGACAGGGAGAGAAGUGUCCUGCUCGCUGACCAGCACACAGUCCUGUGCUUCCCGAUACUCCGAUGUCUGGAUUGCUCUUGUUGUGGGAUGCAAGGGUCUGCUGCUGCUGUAUGGUGCCUACCUGGCUGGCCUGACAGACCAUGUCAGCUCUCCUCCUGUGAAUCAAUCUUUAACCAUCAUGGUUGGGGUCAACCUCGUGGUGCUGGCUGCUGGGCUCCUUUUUGUGGUCACCAGAUACUUGCACUCCUGGCCCAACCUGGUCUUUGGCCUCACAUCUGGAGGAAUCUUUGUUUGUACAACCACAAUCAACUGCUUCAUCUUCAUUCCCCAGCUGAAGCAAUGGAAGGCAUUUGAAGAGGAAAACCAAACAAUCAGAUGCAUGGCCAAAUAUUUCAGCACUCCCAGCAAAAGCUGCCAUACCCAGUAUGGUGAAGAACAGAAUUUGCAUGCUAGAGGAGAGAAAAACUCCAUGGAAAGGCUUCUCACGGAAAAAAAUGCUGUGAUUGAAAGCCUGCAGGAACAAGUAAACAACGCCAAAGAGAAGCUAGUGAGGCUGAUGUCAGCUGAGUGCACCUAUGACCCCCCAGAGUGGGCUGUCCUGCCUGCCUCUCCCCACAGCAAAGACGGCCAGGCCACAGCCCCUGUGCACGGCCUGGCAGCUGAAAGGCCUUCAGAAUGCCUCUCGGACUCUCCAAAUGAUGCCAGUGCAGCUGCCCGGGACUCGCAGAGUACCUCAGUGUCCUCCUCAAGCGCACAAAGCCUCGAGGUGUCUGGAAAGGUCACUGGCUCCUCCCCAGGGCGGAAGGAGAUGUCUGACUUGAAAGAUGUUCAUGAUCUGGGCUGCAGCCAGAAGCCUCAGACUGAGCAAAGCCAGGGUGCAGAAGGAAGAGACCAGGUACCUAUGACCCCUCACCGAAGUCUCAUACCAGGUGAAGAAGGCUCUGUUCCCCAGAGACAGGGACAGCUGGAGAACUCAGGGGAGCCCCAAAAGCAGCUGUCAAGGGUCAAUUCAGUGAUCAGAGAGAAGCUUCAGGAAGUCCUACAAGAUCUGGGCCUGGGCCCUGAGGCUCCCCUCCCCUCUUCCCCGUCUUGUCCCCAGCAGUCCUGGAAGAGCACUGCUGCCCACAGCCCCCAGAAGAUGCCCCUUACCAAGGAGCUGGGCUUCAGCCCAUACAUGGUGAGGAGAAGGCGGGCAGCACAGCGGACUCGCCCACACUUUCUGGGCUCUGUACCCUCAUAUGUGGGGCAUCAGGCAAAUAGGACUGUUUGGAGGGCACAAAGUAGGCUAAAUGUGCAGAACAGAGACAUCCUCUGCCUGGACCCCCAAACAGCUGAUUCCAGGGUACCCUUUCCCAGGAAGCCUUUACUACUACCAGAUCCUCAAGGAAAGUCAGGCAUCCUGGAGGACAGCAAACAACACCAGACAGAGCCCCAGGGGGCCAGAAGGAGCCAUGCAGCUUUUCCUCACCAGCCUUCUGGUUCUGGGCAGGCACAGUGUUCCACUGCCCCACGCCUAUCCACAGCCUCACCAGAUCUGCCUGAGCAGCAGCAGCUGCAGUUCCCAGGGACCCCAGGCUGUCCCUCCCUUUCUUCAUGCAACUACCUUGAUACUGAGUCCAGCAGCUCAGACGAGUUCUUCUGCCGCUGCCACCGGCCCUACUGUGAAAUCUGCUUCCAGAGUUCCUCUGAUUCCAGUGACAGUGGCUCAUCAGACACCGACCCUGAGGAUGCUGGAGGGCUGGCUUCUUGGGAAAAGCUGUGGGCCCGUUCAAAGCCUAUCGUGAACUUCAAAGAUGACUUGAAACCCACACUGGUGUGAAAAGCAGCAGAGCAAGUCUGGAUGGAGAGGUCAGGCCAGGACAAGCCGUACCAGGUCCUAGAGGAGAAAGACCAGUUCUGGCCUUUGGGGAACACACCACUGUCCUGCAUUUGACCAGCUCAUCCCAUGUUUCAGCUAUGCUCAUUUGAGCAUUGUGUUACCUUGAGCACUUCUUGAUCCAUAAAAAGAGGGAUAUUGCCUUUCUUGUUACUACCUCACAGCUUUCUUGUAAAAGACUCCAGUUGGGUGAUCAUAAAAGAUACUCUUUAGAUAAAAGGUGCUAAAUAAGCAUGGAGGAUUUUCUGUCCUGGUCAGCCUGUAUUCUAUUAAACUGUUAAUACAUAUGAGAUGGCUAGCUGGUGGACAGACAGAUGGAGAGAUGGAAGGAAAAUUUCUAUAGAACCAGAGUUGUGGACUGUGACCCAUCAAACUUGCCUUUUGAUGGCCGACCUGCUUCGAAGAUGAGUUUCCUCUAUCCUUGGGUGUCCCACUCUUGGCAAGGGGUGGUUUUGCUUCUGCUAAAGGCUAUAAACAGCACCACCCUUAGGUUCCAGCUUCCAGACAGACUCAGCUGAAAACCACCUCUACAGCAGUAUUUGGGGUUCAUGUCUUUCCACUAUUGUGGAAUCUCACCAUCAUCCCUGAGACAGCCGGGUCUCCAUGUGGCCAUAGGCUACCCAGAUCUCUCUCUGUCCUGGGCUUGGAUGGCACCUGAGGCCCAGACUGUCUCCUGGUCCUUGUAGUCCAUCCCUUCCACUCUGCCAGUGGUGCGGUUUUGGACUGGGGGGAAGCACACACUGGCAGUCUCUGUUGGCAUAGAGGUGGCCCUGUUGGUCAAGAGGUGCUUUUUGUGCCAUUGGAGUUACAUGACCACCAAAGGAUACAUAAACCUGGAAAUGGAAAAUGGGGAAAUAAAAAGGAAGAAAUAGGGGAGAAGGCAGGAAAGAAAACAGAUUUUGAACCCGGUAUUUGGCAGUAUCAAAUUUCAAUAAUUCCUUAGGGCAACCCUGUGAAGUAGACACUCUCAUUCCCACUUUCACAGAUGGAAUAUGAGGAACACGGGGACUAUGAGCCUUGAAGAACUGGGAUAACUUCCCCAACACCACACUGGUGGAGGUUGGCUGAUGUGGGCCUUGCCCACAGCUCAUCUCUUCACUCAUUCUGCUGAGAGUGGCAAGCAGGGCUUAGCAGGCCAGACAGUAAACCAAGGGUAAGGUUGGAAAGUUGCAGUGUGCUCACCCUGGAGUCCAGGACACCUUCCCCAGGAUAAUAAAACUGGGUUUCUUGCCUUGGGAUGCAGCCCUCAAUGCCUCAGGGACCCACCUUCACCUCCCAAGGGAGUCAGGGAGUUGGUGAAGGGUGAGUGCCAGGACCUUGUCUGCUACCUGAGCUACAAGGAAAGCACAGCUGCGUUCACUCCUGCUUGUUGCUGAGCUGCUGGUCUAGAGGCCACCCCCUGCCCCCACUCCCUGUGUGUGCAUCUGUGUGUGUAAGAUGUUCAUGUGCAGGAGUUUGGGCCUCAUUAGGAAUACUUGGAGGGGGGAAUUUGGCUCGAAAUGUCUCACAGAAGAUUUAUCAUGGACUCUUGGGGGAUGCCAACACCUUGUGACUCUCCAGCCCGGAAGGCCCUCCUGGUAGCACAGCUUCUUCCGUCACCUACUUUUACAUACAAAUGUCAUAAUUUAUUCUGCAUGUGGGUUUGUAGUUUCUGCUUGUGCUGUUUGUUUGCUGUCCAAGUGAUACCUUAAUAAAAGAGAA